AUGCAACAAAACAAAGCUGAGCAUACCACAAUCACCUACCGUGACAUCAAGAAUCUUAAUAAAGAACAGUUUAUUGCUGCAUUGAAAGAGGCGCCUUGGGAUUCUGCGUUUAUUUUUGAUGAUCCUGAUGACGUUGUUGAUGCCUGGUACGUUAUUUUCCAAGGCUUAGUUGAUAGAUUCCUUCCUCUUAAACACAAGCGAGUGAAGCGUAAGUCCCAACCUAAAUGGUUCAAUAACAACAUAUCAUCGACGGAUUUAAGGAGCGCGAUAAACUUCUCACUAAAGCCAACAAAAGCGGUUCCAACCACGACUGGCUUAAUUACAGGUGAGCGAAAAAUUACGUGA